CAGGCUCUCGACCCGUCCUCCCCUCACCGCCCGCACGCACACGAGAGCGAGACGAGAGAGCCAUUAGAAGUGGCGGGAGCGAUGUAACUUUCCCCGAGAAGGAGCGAGCCAGAGCAGAGCCCGCGCGCGGGACCAGUCCGCCACCUAGCUGCGGAGGCGCGCGACGGAGAGCUGCCGACCGGCUGAUUCCGAAAAAAACACCCCGCGCCAAUGUUGUCGCUCGCAAGCGCUCCGACGGGACCGAAACUCGCUUUCGGAGGGUGUUCGAACCUCCGCCGGCCUGAGUUAUGUAACCAAAGCGACACCUAAAUGCGCCAGAAGCGGCGGAUCGCCGUCGGGUGCGAAGGAAGGAAGAGCCUGGACAGCAACACCUCCUGCCCGAACGCAGUUGGCUCCGGGACGCGCUCUCGGAUUUACUCAGCGAAACCCUAAAGGACAAGACAGAGACCGUGCCCUCGCUGGAUGAAAGCAUUCAACUGUACUUGGACCACUAAAGGAUCUAUUUUUGUAACCUUUCUGAUCCACACCUGCACUCUGUGCUUUCUACCUUUUAUUUCACCGGCCUCACCGGGCUCGUUUAAAAGUGUUAUACUGGGAACCCCAGAGCGCCCUACUUCUCCCCCCUGACUCCUCUGAUGGACCAGAGAGUGAAGGGGGGAACCCCUCCGACUGCCGCCUCCACCCUGGAGCCGUUUGCACCUGAAGACUCUGAGCAGGAGCAGGCGGCAGAGAAGAAGAGGAGAGGGGAGGGGGAGGACGGAAAUGGGGGGAAAAUAGAGGAGGAGAAAAGAGGAGCAGUGAAAAAGAGGGAAGGAGACAAGGGGACGGUGCUGGAGCUGCUCAUCGAGGGGCGCUGUGGGGGUGUCGGGCAGCAGGAGCUCCAGCUCUCGGGCAGGGAGACGAGCUGCCCCGAGGGAAACGUGCGAGUCCAGAUCGGACUGCAAACCAAGCGCCCCAAAAAGCCGCCCAAGAUCUUAGAGAGCUACGUGUGCAAGCCUACCAUCAGGACCUAUCAGAGGCAAGGCAGGGGGGGUCUGCUGAGGGCGUUUGGAGAUGGAGGAGCGUGCCAGCAGAGCAAAAGCAGUUCCACCACAGAGGAGGCAAGCAGAGAGCAACGCUCAGGCCUGGACGCCGUCCAGACCAUAACCAAAAAAACUGCUGCCUCACCACCACUUACAUCGUCAUUAUCAUCCUCGUCAGGGCAGCCGCUGUCUUUAUCAGCAGCAUUCACUCCAGAGUCUGCCCCAGCUUCAGUUCCGGCCAUCAACAGCCAAGGAACCAAGACCAUCAAACAGGUUUCCAGCAAGCUGGCCGAUAAGACGGAGGAGAAUGCACACGUCUCGUCGGAGAAAGUGAAGAAAGACAAACAUUCAAGUGUCAAUGGCCAGCCUGCCCCUGUAGGACCCAAACCGUGCUCACCCACAACAGAGCAGGCAGCUUCAACCACUCCGUCCACCUCAUGCAUCCAGACAGUCUCCCCACCAGAAACCAAGAAUGAUGGGAAGAGCUCCAAGAAGCAUAAUGGUUUGGUUCAGGCAGCAAAACAGAAGGGGCUGUCGAAUGGGAGAAGCUCUGCAAACGUCACUGACUCUUCAACUUCACUGAAAAACAAAGCUGGAAAACACAGCAAUUUCUCUUCUGUUUCUUCCAUGGACUCUUCAACGAGGCCUCCGGUCUCCACUGGCUCCGCAGACUCUCCUCCCUAUCACCCAGUCAUGCCUAAGCCUCAGUCCUGCUCCAAUGUGGAUCUCUCCUCCAGCCGGUCCAAAGGUGAGGAUCAUUCUCUACAGAGGCCUUCGGAGAAAAAGAGAGAGAAAGAGAAGAAAGCCAAGAAAGAGAAACGGAGAGAUAAAAUAUCAAAGCGAGACAAACUGGAAGCAUACUUCGCUAAGAAAGGGAGCAGAAGUGAGGAGGUUAAGAAGAAGAAAAAGGACAAGGGAAAAGAUGGAAAAUCAAAGCAUGGCAAAGAAAAGGAUGAUAGGCACAGAGCCAGUGAUUCAGGGCGGGAUGACCUCAAAGAUGAGAAAAAGAGAGAAAAGCUGAGUCCGGAAAGGCAGAAAACAGAGGAUAAAGACGCUAAAUUCUGCGAAACAGCUGGUAAUGUUAAACUAGAUAAAACCUGCAAAGUAGUGAACCCCAGCAGAUUAGAAGAAAAAGAAAAGACAGAUGACAGCUGCCAGCCAGCCAAACAAGCAGAGCCAGCAACAACAGGUGACAGCAGUAAAUCAAAAGAACAAGAUGUCUCAAGACAUUCAACAGUGCCUCCAACCCAGCCCACCUCCUCUGCUCCUCCCCCUUUGCCCGUGCCUUCUGCCCAUGUACCCAUUUCACCCCCGUCCUCUCCCCAAGAGCAGGAUAGCCGACCGCUCAAGAAACGUAAAGCCAGAAGGCCCAGCUGGACCAAGCUGGUGCACCGUGCUCAGAGGGCGGAAAAUCAGGAAUCCCCUUCAGAUUCCUUACAUAAUCCCUCCCUAAAUUUCCCCCAGAUCACCAAAACGACCACUCCUGCCAAGACCAGCGUUCAGCAGAGUGAUGAGUCACACCCCGCGCCCUCUAGCUCCUUAUCCAGCUGCUCUUCCUCUUUGUCUUCUUCGGUCAAACCUCCGACCCCCAAGCAGAACCAUCCCAAAUCGGACCUAAGCCCCGCCGCUUCCAGAUUCACCCUGAACACCGUACGAAAGAGAGGCCGCCCUAAAUCCCACAGUGCUUGCUUAGAUGAAGCCCCCGUUCGACUUCUGCCAAAUAGCCCGACGGAGGUGGCUCCUCCCGGGUGUGACGGAGUCCAGAAAGCCCCUGUGCUGGAGCCAAGCUCUGCACGGCAGCCUGCUGCUCAGGCUAAAUCCAGCCCCAAGAAGCGUGGCCGUCCUCCCAAACGCCCCCUCCUUGAGGACCAGAGUGGAGAUGCACUGAAUUACACCGACUACACAGACAGGAGCAAAGAAAAGGGGAAUCGGCAGCUAAACAUCAGGAGACUGAUUAAUGAGAUGAAGAGAAGGAAGAAGAAGAGACUUCAUAAAGUAAUGAUGUCCGGCUAUGUCGGAAAGGAGGGAAAGGCUGCAGAGGGGGACGCCUCUCUGAGAAUGUGUAAAUCGAUCGAGGCUACAACCGUGCACACACUCUCAGCCUUGUCCUCCUCUUUUGGGAGCAAGCUGGGCCCUCAGAUCAAUGUGAGCAAGAGGGGCACCAUCUACAUGGGCAAGAGGCGAGGACGCAAGCCUAAAUCCCAAAUAGCUAACCUAAAUUCCAGCUCCCAGAACGCCGCUCAGCCGUCUCUGUUUACCAAUCCCUCUGAAACAUCUCUCUUCUCUGCUAACCCACCCCAGCCUCCCCCCUCUCACCCUUUCCCUUCCCCAUCUCUCACGCACUCCAGCGGUGCCCAGAGUCCUUACAGCGAAGGCAGCCUGAUGGAACCCACAUCUUCCCUCCUUUUUUCGCACCCUUUCUCCCUGCCCUCCCCAUCUUCCUCUUGCACAUCCCCCCGUCCUCCCUCAUCCUCAUCCCUCUCUCCUUUUGUGAAGAAGAACUGUCCGUGUCAGGGAAGGCACCACUUCCCCUUUCACCAGUCUUCAUGCAAGCUCUCCUGCCCCACCCCUCCUCGUCACCCCACACCUGGCUCUCCCGGCAACCUGAAGGAGGCAACCCAAUCCCCCAGGAGCGAGUCCCACAGCGACGAAACUCUGCCUAGCGACAGCGGGAUUGGGACGGAUAACAACAGCGUGUCGGAGCGAGGGGAGAUGAGGGGCGCGCGAGGAUUGCUGAGAUUGGGUCAGGGGUCCGGGGCCAUCCUAGGCGGUCAGAGACUCGCUUCCUCUCUGGCCGACCGGCCCUCCCCGGUCUCAUCCCCGCUCUCUCACGCGUCCAGGCUCGGCAACCCGCUGGGCGGCUCGAACAUUGCGGAGCGGCACAGGGACAGACACCGGCACAGGCGCAGGGAUUACGACUGCCCCUCCUCCUGCUCCUGCCUGUGUCCCUGUCCCUGCCAAGGACACAACAAGUGCACUCACUCUGACUAUUAUCCAUGCCUCGGGCACAGCGCUCUGAAGAGACAGAAAACUAAACACAAGAAGAAGCACCAGCAGCUGCACAUGCAGGACCCAGAGUUUCUGGCUGAACUGGAUGAUCUGGUGGCUCAGUUCAGUGAGGUCCACAUUGGCAGAAAGAGUUGGAUGAGGACAGGGCUGGGCCAAGGCUUCGAUGGGGGCGCUCCGUCCGGAGGGAGGCGACACCACUCCUCCCCGCAUUCGCUCCGCUCCAACAUCUUCAGGAUCAAUCUAAACGGCUUUUACUCGCCCCAUCCGUCACCGUUCUCCGCCAGUCCCUCCUUCACCUCGCAGCCUUUCUUCCCCUGUCACUGCAACAGGAAGCCAGACCGCAGGCAGUGCGGCUGCCCGUCAAAGUUCCAGGAAACCAUCGAAAAUAUGGGCUUUUACAGCAGCUACCCCCCGGUGCCCCCAGCCCUCUACCACCACCUCCCCGGCUCUUACCCGCUUCCACCCCCUCACCAGUACGCCCCCCAUCAGCCCCACCAUGCCCACUUCCUCCUCAACCCGGCCAGAUUCCACCGGCGGAGGAGCAGGCUGUUGAGGGAGGGAGCUUUAGGAGGAGAGGUGGAGGGAGAUUUAGGGGGAGGCAAUGUGGGAGGCGGCUCAGGGUUUACAUCCAGCCUGUCUUGUGGCUGUGGGAGGAGUGAACACAAACAUAAACAUAAACAUCGUCACAGGCAUUGCGAGCAAGACAUGGACGACGUGGACGAGCUGCAUGAGGACGAGGAGGAAGAUAUGAUGGAAAGAGAGAUGAUGGUUAAUUCAAAGGUACGGUCAGGGUUCCUUUUGGGGCAAGGCGGGGGAGGAAGGAAAGGUGCGAGAGGAUCGGGGAGCAUGCUGUCAAAAGAAUCGCCCUGGUUACGCCAGAACGGAAAUGACCCCUUCUCCACAGCCGCUUCCUCCUCAUCAUCGUCCUCAGCAGAGAGGUAUAAACACACGUCUCUCACCUCUCUGGGGCUGGGUUCCUCUCACCUGUCUUCAUUCGGAGGUGGCUGGGGGGGUUUGGGCCAGACCUGGACGAAAUUUGGGAGCCUGGGAAGCUCAGGAUUUGGACACUCGAACCCGAGCUGGAAAGGCUUCACUUCCGAGCGCUCAGCCGGAAGACUGAUGGUGUCAGACGGAGAGGACGAGGACGGCGAGGACAUCGACGACUCACGCCUGUAUGGGACGGCGUCCUCGUCCCCAACACACACCAACCUGUUCACCUCUGCUGCCAUGGCAACAGGGGGGCGGGGCCUGAGGAGCGGACUGGCUAGGAAUCAAGGAAGUGGAGAGAGAUCACGGAGGAGAGAUGAGCCGGCAUGGACCGAGCGGAGGGAGGCAGUGACUGCAGGUUUACAAGGUGACUCCAGAAGCCGGGGGCCGCAGAAAAGUGUGCCAGCUCUCACCAGCGCGGCGGUGAAAACCAAAAGGGGGCCAGGACGGCCCAGGAAACAUCCACUGCCCUCCAUUUCAUCCUCUCCCAACGGCUCAUCUGUAACUCCGUCCAUACCGUCGCCCGACCUCUUGCCAGCACACAGCCACAACAGAGAUGGGAGGGAAAUAGGGGGGAGGAAAGAUGAAAUGAUGCCAGAGAGAGCAGGAGGAGGGGGAGACAACACCACACAGCAAGCCACAGAGCUGGACUUGCAGGCAAAGAGGAAGAGAGGUCGGAAGAGAAAACAUGGUGACUCUCCCUGUUAUCGGAGUCUCAUCACAGAUAAACCAGAGUAUGACUUCUUCCCUGAAUGUCUAAGCCAAUUAGACGUCGACCACAGUCCAUCUCAACCAGAAAUCAUCGAAAGAGAAGAGAGAGCCAGUGGUCCUCCAAGGAAGACGUUUUUAAGGGCAGGGCUUUACUCAGAUGAUUACAAGACUAUCGAUCCACCCUCUCAACCCCAGAAGAACUGCAGUGACAGUAUGGAGUAUGGACCUGGGGAGAAUGAGUACAGUCUUUUACCUGCCCCUAUACAUGUUGGGAAGUACCUGAGGCUAAAAAGAAUUCAUUUCCAGUUACCCUACGAUGUGAUGUGGCAGUGGCAGCACAAUCAGCUUCAGCGGCAGCCUGCUGUCCCUCUGAAGAGGAAGCGGCGUUACUGUCGCAUGAAAGAGAGGACUGCAUCCUCCCUGCAGACAGCGGAGGAGAGCUCCAGCGACAUUACCAGCUUGUUCCCGCACCUCGACAUGGAGCCUCUGACCAGCAGCGAGAGGAGCUUUGUGGUGAAACACCAUGUGUUCCUCGUGAGGAACCUGGAGCUUAUGAGAGACCGACAGCUCCGAAUGAGGAUAGAAAGGGAGAGACAGAGGAACGAGGAGGCAGAGGAGGGAGUGGAAGGCGACUUGCAGCCUCUGUCCUAUGAUGGAGCCAGUGGGGACGAGAGCCACAUCAAGUCAGAUCAGUCCGUGGGAGUGGAGGUGACGGUAAUCAGCAGUGACCCCAACCACCAAAGUCAGGACACCUCCAGCUCGCUCACUGCCAGCCCCUGUCCCACCAAAACCCAGAAUAGACAAGAGGAGGAGGGAGAGGAAACAAAACGAGGGGAAGGAGAGACUUGCAGCAGAGAACAGAGGAGGAAGCGGCUGAAUGAUUUACUUUUGACCCUGCAGCAUUCAUAAGCUAACACAGAGAGAGGUGGAACCACUCAGAGAAAGGGACCAGGCCCACCACUGGACUGAUGGACACCAACUGAUGUCACAAUACUGCUAUUCACAGUAGCAGUGCCACAGAGAAUACACAAGAAAGGCAGAGGCGUGCUUGAUCAUUGCGAAAAUCAGAAAUGCAAGAAACACAUCUCGCACACAGAUAUGAGUAUUUUGAACCCUGCGCUCCGAGGGUCAUCACAACAAGGAGAAACCAUGGCAACGCAUCUUUUGUCCAAAUGGCGAGAGAUGAGGGGAAACGGAGAUUUGACUGUCACGGACUAACAAACAAAAUAGACCAGCUGAAACGAAUUUGCACUAGUGCUGGAUGAACAAGCACACUAAAGACUGUAUGUUUGCUGAGUGGACACUAUAAACACACACACAUACACUUUGAUUGCUCUUACUAAGCCACCUUAAGCAAAUUGGAAAAAAAGAGAUAUUGCACGGGAGGUUGAGAGUGGACACGUACGGUACCCAGCAUUUCAGCUCUGUAGUUUCCAAGAGACGAGGAGCCUGCAAAACACCCAGGGGAACACAAAUGUGGCCUGGGGCCUAAGUAGGUCAAAAUUGAACCCUCAUUUACUUGUUAAGCUUUCAAUGUCACAUUGCACCUUGGGGAAAUGGCACGAGGAGAAGUGAGCCAGUUAAUAGCUGUUGAGAUAGCAUUAGCAGUUUUGCUUUCCUUUAACAAGACACCGUCUGCCAUGUACCAGUGAGCUGGCAGGGAAAGGGGGUGGGCUUAGCAAUAGGAAUUUUGGCAUUGCUGCAAGAGAAUUUCUAAUGAGGUUUUGAGAAAGAGGUUAUUUUUUGACAAAAAAAAAAGUGCAGCUUGGGCGCUGUCUCUUAUAGAAACGGAGAAAAUAUAUUCGUGAUAGGAAUGUUUAUCGUUAACUAUUUUCAGUAUUGCUUCCGAGGGAGGGGAGGUCGAUGUGUAAAGAGUGGUUUUGUUUACUUCAGACUGCCUUUGAGAAUGUUUCACUCUUUGCUUCAGAGCAUUGACAAUCAGAAUGUCCUCGGAAGGGGGGGACAGAGAAGAAAGGGAAUGAAUACUAGAAUAAAUUUACCCCUAAUGCUCUGUAGAAGUGCCAUGUUGUCUUGUGUGCGUACCUAAGCGAACUCAUGCAGUCUUUUAAAAGCAAUAUCUCCUCUGAUAAGGACUAUGUAAGAAGUUCUUUUAUUUUGUUUUUUUUGUUAUUUUGUUUUGAUUUUAUUUUUUAAGUUGUGAAUAUUUGAGGAAAGGAGGUCAUUUUUCUGUAAAAAUGCAUAGUAGAUUGUUCUCAUCUUCGGAGCAUCGGGCUAAUCCACUUAGUGGAAGUAAGCAUUCUGUUUCAUGUGAAUGUACAGUGCAUAGAGAAAGUUGUUUUUCUUCCAUCAGUAGUAGCGUGUAAAAUUAGUAUUAUACAUGACAAUACUAUCUGGAGUAUACAUGAAAGGUAAUAAUCAAACUAUCAUUUUAAGAGAUGUUUUCAACUAAUUACACAGCUGACCAAUAUAUCAGAAUUUUCUCUUUGACUAUGAUUGUAUAUGUUUUUUUUGUUGCUUUUUGUAGAGUUUCGUAUUCUUUUCUCACUCUGUUUUUUAGCUGACUAUUUUGUUUUCUUGUUUUCUUUUGGUCAGACAAUCAGUGGUUAAUCAGUGAAUUAGUUUUUCCAGUGUUUAAUAUCAGCUCUCUUUCAGUAGUGUGGCUUCUAAUAACAAGCCAAGAAAGUGCAAUUUCUUUGACUGUUUACAUACUGUAUGUACAUUUCUUCCUCUUUCAUUUUUUUUAAACUAAGAGCACUACAUUAUUGCCAGUGGAUGAUUAACUUUAUAGCAAAGGUACAUAAAUCCACAUUAUUUAACUAGUUUGCAUGACAUGUAACCUUUGCUUGUUGCCUCCGAUGGUGUGCAUCUGAAAAACAAAGCAUCAGAAAACAGUGAAGUUGAUGCCAUAGAAUGUCAGCUCAAAGUUUUUGCCUCUGUAUCCAAAAUAAUAAAGCAUUUUAUGUCUACUAGUACUGAGCUAUGGAAACU